AAAAAAAACACAUUCCUGAAGAAAAAAAAAAAAAAAAUACAUCCGCCAUGUCCAACCCCGAUCAUAAUAAUUAUGGCCUACGUUCUCCAUUGACACAAGCAAUCGGGACCAAGGAUCCAUCCACACCAGAGUCUUAUAUCACAAAUCCAUCCACAUUAUACGCUCUUAACCAAGAUAGUAUAAGUCAAUCUGUCCCAUAUCCACAAGGGAAUAUCAACGUUCCCCAUUACAUUGUUCCCUGUUCUGGGUUAUCUGAAUUCAAGCCUGAUGAGCGUCAAUUGGCGUUCUGUCCGUCUUUGGAUGGAGAGCACUUCUUCGCCCCCAUUGAUGAAAUGGACAAAGAGAGCAAGAGGGAGGAGCUCGAACAAAUGGUCGCAAUAUACCCAUACAAUCUGCUGCAAAAGUACUCAGCCCCGCCAAUCACAGAUGUACCAUGGCUCGAGAACCAAAAACCUAAUCAACAAUUCGAUAACGAACUGGCCUCCAUUCAAUCACAAUUAGCCCAGAUCACCCGACCAUUGGACAAAUUCAUGGUGGACACUCUUGCCGACGAUCACUAUGAUGCUCAACAAACAAAUGGCCUUAUCAGCUUUGCCAACAAAAUGCGUCAUCUUAUCCAAACCCUCUGUCAUUCGAUCCACAGAUCUCGUAUCCAAAACCUCCAAAAAGCACGCGGUAUGUUCUUUUUGUUCACAAUGAUUUAAUCUCAAACACAGAUUACCAUGAUUGUCUGUGCUCAAAUGUUCGUCUGUUAGUGUUGUUAGUGUUAUUAGUUAAUAUUGUUGUGUGAGAGUGUUAGGGGAGGCGGGGAGGCUUGUUCUGGUUUCCUUUUUUGGACGGAUCCAAGUGGAGUUCUUGUAACUGUGGGCUAACCAAAAAAGGAAGCAACAAUAUUCACAUCACAUUUCUGCACAAAAAAAAGUUCGCAUACGUCUCCUUGCACCUGCAUGGCACCGCAUGCAGUUGAGGCUUCUCUUUCAUCCUUGCUUUCCUAUCCUUGUCUUCUUUCCAUUCUUGUCUUCUUUCUCCUUUCAUGAUGUCCCUUUUUUCUUUUAUUUUCUUUUUCUUCGCUAUGUUAUUUAUCUUCUGUUUGCAUCUAGAUGAUCAUUCAUCUAGAUUACAGACAAGCAUUAGUACUAUUCGUUAGAUCCACAGUCAUUUUUUAUUUUCAUCCUUUCCCGCGGAAUGGCU